GUAUUUUUUCAGUAUUUCUUGUUUUUCGUCCAAAAUCCCCCUGUACGGGGACACGUCCGACUUAAGCUUAGACGGGGCCAGGACGGCCUGUUCCACGCAGCUCUUCAAGCCAUGAGCGCGGAGCAUCGGAUCAAAGCCGUGGAGCUGGGCGUCGACUCGAGAGCCCGCGGUCCCGCCUCCGCGGGGGGGCGGGCGCUGCGGGAAGCGGCCCAGGCGCCAGACAUCGGAGAAGAAAAUUCGACAUAGAGUAUCAGUUGUCGAAGAGCAGCGCGGAAGUCCUGGAUUUGUUGGAUCUGCACUGGGUACCCCCUGGCGGCGCCUCCGCCGCCGCCCCUGGCACGCUGCGCGUUCCAGGGGAGGGGUAUCCAGCGCCGACCCCAGGAAUCCGUGCGGAGAUCCGGGAGAUGAUGUCCGUGUCUCUUUUCCUGCUCCUACCGUAGAGGAUGACGUGGCUCGCUGGCGGGGGAUGAUGCCACAGCGGGUGGCGGAGCAAGACGGAGUGGCGGAUGGGCUCGCGGCUCUCGCCGAGAGGCUGUCUCGGGAGCCUGCUGGCGAGGUGGCGGCCUUGCGGGAGUUCGAGCACCUGGCCCAGGUCCUCGACUAUCUCCUCCAGACAGAGGAGACUCGGGGGUCUCGGGGAGGUGACGACGAUGACGUGAACUUCGUGAACGACAUCGUCGAAAUGCUCACGAAGUUUCAAGCGCAGGAGGGGGCGACUCCCUGCUCGGUUGCCAGGAUGAUGAAGGACGAGUUUUAUGUUCCUGGGCCUGAGCUGUGAGGCCGCGAGUUCGCCCGCUGAGCCGGGGCACCAAGUCACUGGCGCAGAGGAGGAGGAGGAGCAGGAGGGGUAUGAGGAAGGCCUGGCUGCCUCCUGUGUGCUCAUGCGGCCACGUCGCACGCGCUCGCAGGUUCGGACUCCACACUUCGGAGUAGGUGGGCAAUGCUGAGUGCAAGGCUGCUCGUUGUCUGGAACCCGCGCCAGGGCACAAGAA